AAACUAUUCAGAAGAGAAAUUCAACCCCCAUUUAAACCUGCUUCUGGAAAACCAGAAGAUACUUUUUGUUUUGAUCCAGAAUUCACAGCAAAAACACCAAAAGAUUCUCCAGGAGUCCCACCCAGCGCAAAUGCACAUCAGCUCUUCAAAGGGUUUAGUUUUGUUGCAACUACUACAGUAGAAGAUCAUAAAAUGUCACCGCUCACCAAUAUAUUGCCAAUAGUACAGCAACUUCAUGGAAACAGUGCACAGUUUACUGAUGUCUAUGAGCUGAAGGAAGAUAUUGGUGUUGGUUCCUACUCUGUUUGCAAGCGAUGUAUACAUAUAGCUACAAAUAUGGAGUUUGCUGUAAAGAUAAUUGAUAAAAGUAAGAGGGAUCCCUCAGAAGAAAUCGAGAUUUUGAUGCGCUAUGGACAGCAUCCAAAUAUUAUUACUUUAAAAGAUGUUUAUGAUGAUGGUAGAUUCAUAUACCUUGUCACUGAACUCAUGAAAGGAGGGGAGCUGCUUGACCGAAUUCUCAGGCAGAAGUUUUUCUCGGAACGAGAGGCUAGUGCUGUAUUAUUUACCAUAACCAAGACUGUGGACUACCUGCACUGCCAAGGAGUGGUGCAUCGGGACCUUAAACCUAGUAAUAUUUUAUAUACUGAUGAUUCAAAUAAUGCUGAUUCUAUCAGGAUUUGCGAUUUUGGGUUUGCAAAACAACUUCGAGGAGAAAAUGGACUACUACUGACUCCUUGCUACACUGCAAACUUUGUGGCACCAGAGGUUCUCAUGCGACAGGGAUAUGAUGCUGCUUGUGACAUAUGGAGCUUGGGUGUUCUUCUUUACACAAUGUUGGCAGGCUAUACUCCAUUUGCCAAUGGUCCUAAUGAUACUCCUGAGGAGAUUCUGGUACGGAUAGGCAGUGGAAAAUUCUCUUUAAGUGGAGGCAACUGGGAUACUGUUUCAGAUGCAGCAAAGGACUUGUUAUCCCACAUGCUUCACGUAGAUCCUCAUCAGCGGUACACAGCAGAGCAAGUGCUGAAACAUUCAUGGAUAGCCUGUAGGGAUCAGCUGCCGCAUUAUCAGCUAAACAGGCAAGAUGCACCACACUUAGUAAAGGGAGCCAUGGCUGCCACGUAUUCUGCACUGAAUCACAAGACAUUUCAACCAGUGUUAGAGCCUGUUGCAGCCUCAAGUUUAGCUCAGCGACGGAGCAUGAAAAAACUAACAUCAACAGACUUAUAGACCCAUUGGGACACCUUAGCAAACAGAAGCAAGGGAAAAAUCCAAUAAGUGGCUCUAUUUUGCCUGACCUGUGAUCAAAAGGCAUCUACGGUUUCCUGCUACACUACUUGAAUUCUGUAAAAGUCCUUUUUUUAAAAAGAAAAAAAAAAUCCACAGGUUCAUACUGUGUUGUUUUACAGGCAGUAUCUGUUAAAUUAAUUUCUACCACCAGGUACAUCAUAAUGAAUUUCUCUACGCUGUCCUUUGAGAUCUGUUGCAAAUAUUAUUUCUUAUUUUGUAUAGUUCUGCUGGGUUCACAGAAAUGGUUUAGGGGACCGUUGCCAGUGACCAAGUUGUACAUAAAAAAGUGUCAGUGUUAGGAUUUUUUCUUUACGCU